CCUCCCACAGAACCUUGGGACAUGCCUGUGCUUUUACUACUUCAGUUUUUCCUGAGCUCUCAGCCAGAAAGAAGGCCCUAGCCUGACACUCUGCUGCGACUAUGGUAAAAUGUCGGCUCCAGGACCUUACCAAGCAGCUGCGGGCCCUUCAAUAGUGCCCACCGCACCCCCAACCUAUGAAGAAACAGUGGGUGUCAACAGUUACUACCCAACGCCCCCAGCACCUAUGCCGGGACCAGCCACAGGGCUCAUUACAGGCCCAGAUGGGAAGGGAAUGAAUCCACCUUCGUACUACACCCAGCCUGUGCCUGUCCCCAAUGCCAACGCAAUUGCCGUGCAGACCGUUUAUGUGCAGCAGCCUGUCUCCUUCUAUGAUCGCCCUGUCCAGAUGUGCUGUCCUUCCUGCAGCAAGAUGAUCGUGACCCAGCUGUCCUACAAUGCUGGAGCCCUCACCUGGCUCUCCUGUGGCAGUCUGUGUCUGCUGGGAUGCGUUGCUGGCUGCUGCUUCAUCCCGUUCUGCGUAGACGCCCUACAGGAUGUGGACCACUACUGCCCCAACUGCAAAGCGCUCCUGGGCACCUACAAGCGCUUGUAGGACUUGGCCAGUCCGCCACUGUGGAGGUAGUAGACAAUUGCUACCAGAAGUCACCUGACCCUUGCCCAGCCCAGCCAGAAGAGCUUGAUGUCAUCUCUUCGUGGGCUCCAUCUUCAUGUCUUUUAGGGGGUGGGAAAGGUAGGAAGAGUAACAAGCCUCCAAGCCCAGAAACUGCUGCUGGAGUUGUGCCCUGCACAUGCGAAGACGUGGACCUUGGGUGUUGUCUCAAGGGUUUCCUGCCUGCUCAUGUUACCCCACUAACUGUGAUUGUUACCCCAUUUGCAUCUCCUCUGCUGAUUUGCCAUUGGUGCCAGUCUCAAGCCCCGAAGCCACGGUUUGCCUUAUUUUUCACUGUUUGGCUUGAUCUAGUCCCAUCCCUAACGACAGAGACCCUGCCUUAAAGACUGCUUCUGUAAUUACAGACUUCUUGGGCCUCAGGAUCACUUUAAUUUCAUAGAGUUGGGGUUUUUGUUUUGUUUUGUUUUGUUUUCCCCCAAAUGCACAGAAGGGCUGCUCACACCCACCAGACACAUACAGAUAAGGUCACAAGUACUAAAUAAAAGGCUCACAUUCCUUCCUGUCUCAGCUCCUGGCCUAUGAAGGGUCUCCUUCCUCAUACAGUUUCUGGGAACUCCGUUUGUUCAUAAACACAGAUGAAAUUUACUUGGCAGGGAGACAUUUCUAGAAUAACUUUUGUAAUAACGAUACACCCUUCAUUUCUCCAUUUGCUGGUGUGUUUUUAGUUGGUUCUGUUUUAGUUUUUCACAUUCAGUCCAGCUUGUUGGCCAGGCCAGCCUCGAACUCCGAAGGGAUCCUCUCAGUCUUUGCCUCUCAGACACCCAGGGCCCUAGCCAUGUGCCUCUGCAUCCACUGGGCUUUUUGUUCUGUUUUUCUUUGACAGAAAAACGAACAGGUAAUUUCAUUGACUGCCUAUGUAGGUUUGGUGUAGUUUUGAAAGCCUGGUCUCUGUGGGGCCUCUUUGAGGGAGUUGGGGGACCCUUAUUUGAGCCCAUGCUUCAGUGCCGAGAGAUUGUUAGUGGAACUCCCUGAAGCAUGAUUUCAGUUUUUAGAGAUGACCUUAUGUGGUACGGUCAUCAUGGUCUCCAACAUCACCAGACCAGGUAGAAGGAUGUCAAAGACAAAUUCAGGGCUCUUUCUAGGGUGACCACUCUGCCAUGUAUAAUAUUGUCACAGUCUGGCCAGCUUUCCAGGAGGCCCUGGCUCCAUCCUAAGCCUACACAGGAUCUGCUGCAAAUAACAGUGUAUGGAGUCAACCUGACCCAGGACAGAAGUCUGCAUGCUGGUUAAGAUGCAGCCUAGCCAUUGCCUGAGCUGUUCAUACAAUGAUCCAGAAGUGCUAGCCAUUAUUUUUGCAGUGAAUUAUGGAUACCAUACAUGACUUUGAUAUCUGCUUUUAAACAAAUAAAAUCUUUGAUCACUCA